AUGAUCGAUUGGGUGGACCAGAUUUCACCAGAGAGGAAAGCUUUUAUAAUCGAGAAACAUAUUGUAUCCACCCUCGCAACUUACCGCGAAACCCAUCGUUCCAAAAUCCUAGGUGUUGGCGUAACGGCUGAGCUUGCAGAUGAAGUUCCAAAUCUUUGUACCCAGCUCUGGGCAGUUCUCGACACUGUGCCAACUGUGUUCACAGGAGCAACGAUGAUAGGUGCACAGAAAGGCGAAGAUGUUGAUGAACUGGCAGAUUUGGUAGCCCGAAAGUGCUUGACUCUCUUCGGUCCGACAAAGCAGCCUCGACUGUCCAUUAACCAUCGCAAUGAAGUGCAAGUGGAUGUUGCUGGGCAGUGCCAGAUCACGACUCUCUCAGACUACGAGAAAACCGUAAGGCCGACCACAUGGCGCGCGGUCAAUUAUUGGAUCAGCCGAAUCAAAGAACAGAAUCUUCGCUUCGCCUUUUUCAGCGCGACACCACAAGGCGGGGGAGUCGCGCUGAGCCGCCACGCCCUCCUGAGAUUCUUGAGAAUUCAGGGAGUUCGUGUAGAAUGGUACGUCCCGAAACCACGACCAGAGGUCUUCCGGUUGACAAAGACCAACCACAACAUUCUGCAAGGCGCCGCAACGCCAGAUAUACGGGCCACAGAUGAACAAUUACGAUCACUAUCAACCUGGAUCCGGGAAAAUGCCGAAAGGUAUUGGCUCUCGGCGAACGGUCCUCUCAAGAAACGUUCCGAGAACGGUGCGGACGUUAUAAUUGUUGAGGAUCCACAAAUGCCAGAACUGGUGAAGAUCUCAAAAAGCGUGGAUCCAGAUCGUCCAGUCAUCUUCAGGAGCCAUAUUGAAAUCCGUGAUGAUCUCGUUCGUCAGAAAGGGAGCGCGGCACACCAUGUCUGGGAAACGCUGUGGGAAAGCAUUAGACUUGCCGACGUGUUCAUCAGCCAUCCGGUGAGAUCCUUCGUGCCGCACGACGUGAAACCAGCGUCCGUGGGCUGGCUUCCUGCUACCUCGGACUGGCUCGAUGGUCUGAAUAAGACAAUGGAUGAGUGGGAUAUCCAAUAUUACCUACACGAGCUUCGAGAUAGCUGUCAUGACCAAGGCGUCCCUGCACUGGAAUAUCCAAGACGUCCUUACAUCGCACAGAUUGCGCGCUUUGACCCCUCCAAAGGGAUUCCCGAAGUGGUUAGAAGCUACGGCAAGCUCAGACGCCAGUACAUGAAAGAAGAAGCAAUCGAGAAGCAGCCUCAACUGAUAAUUUGCGGCGACGGCUCCAUUGACGAUCCUGACGGAGCAAAAAGCUAUGACCAGACCAUCGAACUGAUCUCCAGAGAAUUCCCCGAGCUCAAGAAAGACAUCGUCGUCAUCCGGUUUGGGCCCAUUGAUCAGAUGCCGAAUGCAAUACUAUCCAAGGCAAGCGUCGUGCUGCAGUUGUCGUCGAGAGAAGGGUUCGAGGUCAAGGUAUCUGAGGCUCUGCGCAAAGGCAAGCCUGUCAUCGCCACCAAUACCGGAGGCAUACCCCUGCAGAUUGAACACGGAAAGAGUGGGUUUCUCGUUCCUAGGGGCGACAUUGAGGCAGUCGCCAAAUACCUGCAUGGUCUCUUCACCGAUGAGGAGUUGUACUCUCGCAUGAGCAAUUACGCAACUAAUCAUAUCAGCGACGAGGUUCACACCGUGGGCAAUGCGCUCGCUUGGACGUAUCUGGUAGCUGCCGUUGCCGCUGACAGGGAGUUUCAACCUAAUCAACGUUGGAUCAAUGACUUGGCCAGGGAGGGAGCUGGAGUGCCGUACACUGAGGAUGAACCCCGAUUACCCCGUCAUUUGUCGACCUGA